GACAAUGAAUCCCUCACAAUUCUACACAAAUAUGCCUUCGAGCGACCGAAGGUCCAAACUAAGGGUGCACCAGCAGUAGUUUCUACUAUUAUUAACGAUCCUGGGUUCCAUCUUUAUGCGAAACGAAUUGAAAAGAAUGAUGUUGGUGGAGGCCUGAGGAUUUUUCUGAGUAUCUUAAUCGUUCAUUGGAUUCAUAAUUCGGCAUAUGAGAAGUUAACCGAGAAAUUUGUUGAGUAUGCUCGAGAGCGAUCAGCACUAAUUACUUACCUUAGGAAUGCUCGGGGCAAUGACAAGACAUCGGGUGAAAUUCGAUAUAGCACCAGGUUUACCGGUGACUUGGAGGGUUUGAAGGCAGCAUUACAUGACCUAUAUGAUGAUAGACCUUGUAAGCACAUUUUCAAUGAG